AUGAAGGACACAGGGUUUGCGGCGCAGCUGAACACCACGGGCGGUGCCAACACCUACCGGUUCAAGUCUUUCAAGCAGCGCGUCGAGGGGAUCGAGAUCAAUGUCUCGCGGCGCGUGAAGCGCGACCUCGAUGAGCCCGAAGAGUACGACUCGUACCUGGCCGAGGCUGUGCUCAAGUGGGGCGAGCUCAACUGCACAAACGACUUUACAGAGCUUCUGAGGAAGAUCAGAGACUACCAUCAGUCGCUGGCCCAGGUCCUCUACCACAAGGAGCAGAUCGUCGGCGUGCUGGAGGGCUACCUGUCGAUGGAUCACGAAGGCGUACUUGAGCCUGUGCUAGAGUAA